AUGUCUUGGAAGCUCACCAAGAAACUCAAGGAGACGCAUCUCGCGCCUCUUGCCAACACUUUCAGUCGCUCGUCUUCCACGUCGACCAUCGUCGACCAGUCAACGCCCAAGGCGUCUAGUCAUGCCAGCAGCGCAACUACCCUUUCAGACUCAAAAGACAAUGGAGCCGACGCGAGCGCCCCGCCUGCACCGCCUGUUCGCCCAGGUAUUCUGAUAGUCACGCUGCAUGAAGGCCAAAAGUUCUCGCUGCCCCCGGGCGUCGAGCAGCAGUUCAGCGGCGGCCACCACCAGGGCUCCAUGUCCCAGGGCGGCGGUCUCUCGGUUGCAGGUUCCAUGCGCCCCGACUCGUCAUCACGCAACGCAGUCUCCGGCUCCUACACCAACCGCCCACAGUCUGCCGCUGGCAGCAUCAAUGCCGCGCCCACUAUCCAUGGUCGCUACUCCUCAAAACACCUGCCAUAUGCCUUGGUCGAUUUCGACAAGCAGCAGGUUUUCAUCAAUGCCGUCUCAGGUACCCCCGAGAAUCCCUUAUGGGCCGGCAGCAACACCCAGUACAAGUUCGAUGUAUCCCGCGUCACCGACCUCACAGUAUCUCUCUACAUCAGAAAUCCCUCGGCAACGCCCAACGCCGGUCGCAACGAGGAUAUCUUCAUUGGUACACUCAAGGUUCACCCUCGAUUUGAGGAGCAACAGCAGGAUGCAAAGGCCCAAAAAGGAGACGACGCAGCUGGCCAGGCUGGUGCUGACUGGAUUCCAGUGCAGUUCGGUAGCGGUCAGAUGAAGAUUGGUGUCAACUUUGUCGAGAACCGACAAGACCGUCUUGCUAUUGACGACUUUGAGCUUCUCAAGGUGGUCGGCAAGGGCAGUUUCGGCAAAGUCAUGCAGGUGCAGAAGAAAGAUACGCACCGAAUCUACGCCCUCAAGACGAUCCGUAAAGCACACAUCAUCUCCCGAUCCGAAGUCGCGCAUACGCUUGCUGAACGUUCAGUACUCGCCCAGAUCAACAACCCGUUCAUCGUACCGUUGAAGUUUUCUUUCCAGUCGCCAGAGAAACUAUACCUUGUCUUGGCUUUUGUCAACGGUGGUGAGCUAUUCCACCAUCUACAGAAAGAGCAGAGAUUCGACAUCAACCGCGCUCGUUUCUACGCAGCCGAGCUUCUCUGUGCUUUGGAGUGCUUACACGGUUUCAACGUCAUCUACCGUGACUUGAAGCCUGAGAACAUCCUCCUCGAUUACACUGGUCACAUUGCGCUUUGCGACUUCGGUCUCUGCAAGUUGGACAUGAAGGACGAGGACAGGACUAACACAUUCUGCGGAACUCCAGAGUACCUUGCCCCUGAACUUCUUACCGGUGCCGGCUACACCAAGUCAGUAGAUUGGUGGACGCUUGGUGUACUACUAUACGAGAUGUUGACUGGUCUGCCACCAUUCUACGAUGAGAACACCAACGACAUGUACCGCAAGAUUCUCACCGAGCCUCUGCAUUUCCCCGGUCCUGAGGUUGUUCCUCCAGCUGCGCGAGACUUGUUGACCCGCCUGCUCGACCGCAAUGCGGACAAGCGGUUGGGCGCAAAGGGCGCGGCGGAGAUCAAGGCACACUACUUCUUCCAUAGCAUCGACUGGCGAAAGCUGCUCGAAAGGAAGUACGAGCCCAGCUUCAAGCCUAAUGUGGUUGACGCAAAGGACACUGCCAACUUUGACCGUGAAUUCACCUCCGAGGCACCGACAGACUCAUAUGUCGACGGUCCUAUGCUCUCACAGACAAUGCAGCAGCAAUUUGCAGGAUGGUCGUACAACCGCCCAGUUGCUGGGUUGGGCGAUGCUGGUGGUUCGGUGAAGGACCCAUCGUUCGAGGGUGUAACAGAGCGAUAGUGCGUUCGUAUGUUCAACAGUUCGGCAUCGGAGAAUGGCCGUCGAGUUGUGGCUUGGCUUGUUCCGGCGAUGGAGCCGAUUGCAGGCAAAGCAUUGGAUCCACAGAUAGAAGACCUAGCGAUUGGUGGGAUCUCAGCGCUCAUUGAUGCUUUUUGGGUUCUGGAGCAACGGCACGGCGCUUGAGGCAGCAUUUGUAUGAAAUCAGCCUAGAUUCAGGCAAGCAAAUAAAGACGAUAUCCCCA